UUCAUCAACUUUAUCACUUGGGUUCCCGGGUUGAUCUGGUUUGUGAGACACGUAGGCAGUGUAGGAGCGAUCACAGGUCAAAGUAUGAGUCCAACAUUGAAUCCCAUUCCAGGCGAUAAAGAUUUGGUAAUCUUGAACAAAUAUGUUUCUUCUCAAUUUUGGUACAAGACUGGAGAUGAUUACAAGAUUGGAGAUGUGGUAAUGCUCAUUUCACCAAAUGAUCCAAAUUUAAUCAUCUGCAAACGUAUCUUAGCAUUGCCAGGCGAUAUCGUUUCAGUAGAUGAUCCUGGUCAGUUGGACAGUAGUAGAAAAGGAAAGAAGAUUCGAAUUCGCAUUCCACCUUCGCACGUAUGGGUAGAGGGAGAUAAAAGUGUUUUGGAUGCACAGGCUUCUGAUGCAGGACAUAAUCUUAUUCGACCUUCUAGUAGAGAUUCAAGAGAAUUUGGACCGGUUCCUAUCGGUUUGAUUACAGCAAGGGUGGAUAUGAUCUUGUGGCCGCCAAGUCGAUUUGGA